CACCAUACACAUACACAUACAUAUAUACAUAUAACUCUACCAUAUACACCAUACACAUUACACAUCACAUCGCAGGGUGGGGGAUGAUGAGAGAAGGGUGUGUUUUUCUUUCCUUGGUGGUUCUCCUGACGCUCUGCGGUGUCAAAGUGGCGGCAGUUGGACUGCCGCCAGAGUCGGCCCCACUGAUCCGCCAUUACUAUAAGGUCCAUAAUACAUGUGCUAAUGUCGAGCCGUUUGUUCGACAACAAGUGAAGGCUUUCAUGGAGAAAGACAAGACCAUAGCACCGAAGGUCGUAAAGUUGUUAUAUGCUGACUGCAUGGUUAAUGGGUGUGAUGCGUCGAUUUUGUUGGAUGGCCCAAACACGGAGAAAACAUCGCCAAAGAACCGAGGUCUAGCAGCAUUUGCGUUUAUUGAUAUAGUGAAGAAAGUUAUCGAGCAAAGGUGCCCCAGUGCAGUCUCAUGUGCCGAUAUUCUCAACAUCGUAGCUAGAGAUGCCAUUUAUUUUUCAGGGGGACCAUCAUACCCAGUUUUCCUUGGAAGAAGGGAUGGAAUGAAAUCUGAUGCUGCGUGGGUUGACCUCCCUUCACCUUCUAUCUCGUGGGAAUCGGCUCUAGCCUACUUUACAUCUAAAGGUCUAAAUGUGCAAGACAUGACUACACUCCUAGGAGGACAUAUGAUGGGUAGAACUCGUUGCAGCAGAAUCUUAGACCGACUAUACGAUUUCAACAAAACCGGGAAAGCGGACCCCACCAUGGAACCAACAACAUUAAGCUACUUGCAGAAGCAAUGUCCCAAGAAGGUGAAAUUGGGACAACCCAACCCCCUGAUAAACCUGAACCCAGAGAACCCGACACAUAAGUUCACCAACUCCAACUACAAAAGAGUGUUGGCAAAUAAAGCCGUAUUAGGUGUGGACCAACAGUUGCGCUAUGGUGGUGACACAUAUGAACUAACCGAUCAAUAUGCUAAUAGUCUUGCAGACUUCAAGGGCGAAUUUGCUUUUUCUAUGAGCAGGAUGGGUGGGCUCAAGGUUCUCACUGGAUCCAAUGGUCAGAUACGAAAGGAUUGUCGUGUCGUUAACAAGUAG